GUCAGCUCAUGUCACUCCAGGCAGUGAUGGCGGAGGUGGACGAAACCGACGUAAUGAUGAACUACCACGGUGAUUUUAUCAAAAGCGACAGAAAAAUUACCCGUUACCCGUACUGCAUCGUCUGGACACCUAUUCCUAUUUUAUCGUGGGUGCUCCCCUUCAUUGGUCACAUGGGUAUAUGCACCUCUUCUGGAGUCAUACGAGAUUUUGCAGGAUCAUACUUUGUUUCAGAGGACAACAUGGGCUUUGGUAGACCAACAAAGUAA